AUGAAUUCUCCACCAGAUCUCAAUAGCGCAACGGUGCCUCGCAGACCAGCAUUACGGGCAGAUAUAAAUGACCUUCAUAGCCCCAAGAGUGGACCAACCAAAGUUGUUUCCAUUGCGGAGCCAGAACCAGAAGGUAUACAAGAAUUUGAAUUAUCCCCCACGGACGAAACUUCACGAAUAAAACAUUUCAGUGCUGGUAUUGCAAAAAGAAUGACGGGUCGACCAAAUAUGCCUUCUACCAAUUCCUCCAAAGUUACUCUCCGAAGUCAAAUAAGUUUAGAGGAACCAACUCGAAAUCUUACUCCUUUAGAUUCUUCCAAACCCAAUGAAGAAGCAAAGCACCAUCACCAUCGCGACAAACUUCUGUCUCAAGUUUCAGAAUGGCUUCAUUCGGAGAAAGCGAAGAGAACUUCUCGAAAGUCAAACAAGAGGGAUGUCAAGGAGAAUGAAGCUAUGGUUGAGAAUUUGCCAGAUAGGAUAAUGACUUCUAAGCCACGAACAAUGUCUGACAGUUCCACCUCAAGCGCUCUCUCUUUAGAGAAACUACAAAAGAUUCUAGAAGAUAAUAUGUUAGAUCUUGAUCAUAGCCAUCUUCCACACCUCACUUCUCCAAAACGACAAUCCAGAAGACGAUCCUUCGUUCGCCCUUCGCUGAAACCUACUAUUUCAUCCGAUACCGAAACUCAUGAUGGAGAUAUCGUGGUCCCAUCGUGCGAUGUUAUUCUUGAUAACUCGAAAACGCUUGCAUAUAGUGGUGGUGCGGGAUCUUCCAUGGAAACAACUACUUUAAGUAGUUCCAAACGAGCAGAAAAGGAGAGAAAAGCAUGGAUCCAGUUUAAGAGUGAAAUUGUGAGAUUGGCGCAUACGUUGAGACUGAAAGGUUGGAGAAGAGUCCCAUUGGAUCGAGGUGGUGAAAUUGAAGUGGAAAGAUUGAGUGGUGCUCUCACGAAUGCAGUUUAUGUUGUUUCUCCACCAGCAGAUUUACCACCCUCUGCAAGCAGUACCAACGUUUCGACUAAAAGUCAGAAACCUCCACCAAAGUUAUUACUCAGAAUUUAUGGACCUCAAGUUGAGCAUUUAAUCGACCGAGAAGCGGAAUUGAACAUUUUGAAAAGGUUGGCGAGGAAGAAGAUUGGUCCUAGAAUGCUGGGAACUUUUAGAAAUGGUCGAUUUGAAGAAUUCUUUAAUGCUCAGACACUUACGGCUCAAGAUCUUAGAAUUCCAGAUACAAGUAAGAAAAUUGCAAAACGGAUGAGAGAAUUACAUGAUGGUGUUGAAUUGCUCCAGGAGGAAAGGGAAGAUGGGCCAUUCGUUUGGAGAAAUUGGGAUAAAUGGGUCGAUAGAUGCGAGAAGAUUAUUACAUAUCUUGAUAAACAAAUUUUAGAGGGGGAUUCUAGUAAAAGUGUUAGAGGUGAAAGCUGGAGAGAUAGAGGAUUAGUUUGUGGCGUUGAAUGGCCUGUAUUCAGAGCUGCUGUUGAAAAGUACAGGCAGUGGUUAGAGGAGAGCUAUGGUGGAAAAGAGGGACUAAGUCGCAGCUUAGUAUUUGCUCACAACGAUACACAAUAUGGCAACAUCUUACGAUUAGUCCCCGAGGCCUCUGUCGCUGGAUCCGCACCCUCCCCCCUCCUCCUUCCCAUGAACGUCCACAAACAACUCGUAGUCAUUGAUUUCGAAUACGCAAGCGCCAACACUCCUGGUCUAGAAUUCGCCAAUCACUUUACAGAAUGGUGUUACAAUUAUCAUGCACCUGCUCCCAUGACCUGGACAUGCGACACUAGGAAUUAUCCUACGGUUGAAGAACAAAAGAGAUUUGUCAGGGCAUACUUAAAUCAUCGUCCUCAAUUCAAUCCCGGAGCAUGUUUAACUCCCAAAAUGGAAGGGAGGGAAGCACCACCGGGUAGUAUUAGGGAAUUUAUGUUAGAUAGUCGGACGCCGGCUAGCGAAAGAGAUACGCAUCUGAGUAGUACUUGCACAUAUGCGGAAGAAGAAGCGAGAAUGGAGCAGGAAUCAGAGAAGCAAGUUGAGCAGAUGUUGAAGGAAGUGAGGAUUUGGCGAUUGGCUAAUAGUGCGCAAUGGGUUGCAUGGGGAAUCGUGCAAGCCAAAGUUCCGGAAUUGGAUGAUGCGCCACCGUUUGUGGUGACUCCGGAUGAAAUUGAUGGUCCUCAAAAUGGGAUAUUGGAGAACGCAACGAUGGAGAAAGAAGACCAGAGAGAAAUUAAGAUGGAGGAACAGGUAGAGGAGGAAGAAGAUGAAUUUGAUUAUUUGGGGUAUGCACAGAGUAGGGCUUUGUUCUUUUGGGGUGAUGUGGUUGGAUUGGGUAUUAUGAAGAGAGAGGAGUUGCCUAAGGGGUUGGGGGAGAGAAUUAAGGUUUUGGAAUGUUAG